AUGGACACCAUUGACACAGGAAGGGGUCUGGAGGAGGGAAAAUUUCCCUUUCUGGUGAAAGGGGACUGGAACAUUAUGGCAGUCAAGUCUUUAAAAGCUUUGUUGUGGUCUCUUCAGCAGGUAACAUCGAAAGGUGCUGGCUUAAACCCUAAUGCAAAAGUGUGGCAAGAAGCACCCCAAGGCAGUGGUGAGGCUGUGCCGCCAACAAAUGGCGCAGAGCACUCAUGGCAAGAAACAGCGGCUGCACAAGGGACUCAUACCGAGGGUAACAUAGAGAUUUCAGAGGACAGCUGCAAGCAAUAUGAAGUGAUGUAUUCCCCAUCUUGUGAAGCCACAAGAAAUGGCACAGGAGUUGAUGAAGCAUCUGCAAAUGGAAUUGUCCUAGCAACUGAAGAUCUUGGAUACCAAAUCUAUGAAGUGUCUGGUGAAGGCAGCUCCACUGUGUCCACAGAAGACAUUAGAGAAUGUUUGAAGAAACAACUUGAAUUCUGUUUCUCACGUGAGAAUCUUUCAAAGGAUCUCUACUUGAUGUCUCAAAUGGAUAGUGAUCAGUUUGUUCCAAUAUGGACUAUUGCCAACAUGGAAGGUAUUAAGAAGCUGACAACUGAUAUGGACCUUAUUCUUGAAGUUUUGAGAUCUUCUCCUAUGGUACAAGUGGAUGAGAGAGGAGAAAAAGUCAGACCAAACCACAAACGAUGUAUUAUCAUUCUCCGUGAGAUCCCUGAAACAACACCUAUAGAGGAGGUUAAGGCUCUGUUUAAAAAUGAAAACUGCCCCAAAGUGAUAAGCUGUGAGUUUGCUCACAAUAACAACUGGUACGUUACAUUCCAGUCAGAUACAGAUGCGCAACAGGCAUUUAAAUACUUAAGGGAAGAAGUGAAAACCUUUCAGGGCAAGCCAGUAAUGGCAAGGAUAAAAGCCAUCAACACAUUUUUUGCUAAGAAUGGUUACCGGGUAGUGGAUUCCAGUGUCUAUACGCAGCCAGUUCAAACACAAGCACAGUUUGCCUCACCACUGUUUAUGCAGCCUGUAUAUAGUCCUCAGCAGUACUCUAUUUACAGCAUUGUGCCUCAGACAUGGUCUCCAAAUCCUGCACCUUACUUUGAAACACCACUGGCCCCCUUUCCUAACGGUGGAUUUGUGAAUGGCUUUAAUACACCAGGAUCAUAUAAAACAAAUGCUGCUUCUUUGAGUAUAGGUCGCCCAUUCCAUAGAAAUCGUGUGAAGCCUCACUUCCGAUCAUCUAGCAGCUCAGAACAUGCUGUAGAGGGUCCAGCUGCUGUCAGCAGCAUGCCAGCGGGGGAUGGACCACUGAACAGAACGAGCUCAAGGAAUUUUGUUAUGGAGCGACAUAACAGUACGUUAACUGGGCACCAAGACCAAGGUUAUUCCCAGAAGGAUUCUCCUACCACACAGAUGGAGCAGAAUGGAGAUUAUGGCAUUGGCAGGGGCAGGAGGAAUGUUUUCAGAGGUCGGAGGAGACGAGAAGAUGACCGGGUUUCAAGACCUCAGCCUUCAGCAGAAACAAAGACUCAGACACCAAAGUUCGACUUGCUAGCAUCAAAUUUCCCACCUUUGCCUGGCAGCACAGCAAAAACACUGGGAGAGCCUGUGCUGGAGAGCAGGAUGUCCGAUAUUGUUAAAGGAGUCUGCAAAGAAAAGGAAAGCAAAGAUUUGCUGCCCAGCUGUCCAGCUCCUGCUCAGGAAGAACAGACGCCCAGCACUGUCCAAGAGCCUGUGACGAGUGUGAGUUUGCCCAGUGAGACUGAAGCUGUGGUCUUAAGCACAGUCCAGUCAGACAGCAAACCAGAAGAAGUGUCUGCUCAGAAAGAUGUUACAAGCCACGCUUCCCCACCAGUGUCUGCCUCUCCUGUCAGUGCUGGAAAGCCACCAAGGACAAAUACCACUUCACCUUCUACUAUUGCAAGUGCAGCUCCUGCUUUGCUGAUGCAGGAGCCACGCAAGCUAAGUUAUGCUGAAGUUUGCCAGAAGCCCCCAAAGGAGCCUCCUGCAGUUGCUGUUCAGCCUCUGAGGGAACAUCGCACCAACAUAGUUCCCCCUGCCAAAAAUGAAGAAAAUGGCACACCUGAGAAGGCUUCGGAGAAGGCUCAUGACAAGGUUGAAGGGCGAAUGAAGGAUUAUUCUGGGUUCCGAGGUAACGGGCCUCCCAGGGGAGCUGCUGAAAAUCAGGGAACAGAGGCGCCAAUUUGGACGCAGAUCAUCGCCUCAGGGAGCACCUCGACGUAUCGGCAAGGAGCAGUAUGUGCCACCCCGGUCACCAAAGUAACACUUGUCCAGGCAAUUUCUCUGUUUGAUUUGAGCUGUGGACUAAUAAGCAGCAAAGGAGACUGUGAGAAGGAAGUAUUCAUGAAGGGGAAUACUGAACUGGAGCGUGGCUUGUGUGAAGUUGUGGAGAGUCCCAAAAUUCAUCUCUAAAAGUGAUGUCACAAAUGCUGGAGGAUUCCAAUCAAUAUAAAUAUAGAGAUUAUAAUUUUUGUAUUUUUGUUUUUAAUUUGCAGAGGGUUUUCUGCUUGAAAUCAGUUUUGGGGUUGUGAAACUAGCGUUUUGACAAAGUGAAAGAAUAUGAAUUGACAAAUUAACCUGUCCCUCAGUGUAGGAGGAAAAGGAUAAGAGAAUAUUAUUUUUGAAAAAUGAGCAUUUCUGUAAAAUUAGAACUUUUUUUAACCUAUUUAACAUUUGGCUUGUCAGAUGAUGUCUGCCAUUGAUGGCCUUGCAUUGCAGAGCACGUCUGCAGCCGAGGUGCUUGGUCAGUGUGAGUGAAAUGCGUGCAGCCAGAUACUGUUGUCAUGACUUAGUCACUGAUGAUAAAAACUGAAUGUACUACUGUAGUAAACUUUGUGUUUCCAGCUUGAAGUAUAGUCUCUUGACCUUACUAAUAACUCACCCAGCAAGCUU